ACGUAGUAUCAUGAUAUACAUGUGUAUUGAUGUGUACGUCAGUCAGCAGGCAAAGUCGACAACAAAGUGAACAGAGUGUUGUGAAACAAAAAUGCCAGGUUGUUUUGCCAAAACCUGCAUUUAUGCAAAAAUACUUCACCGUUCUUACUCAUGUAUCCCGCAUAAAACGAGAAUAACCUACAUUUCGCCGCCAUUUUCGGGUCAACUCGUGUGGAGUGGAUGCGAGGACUUUACUUCGCCAGUUCCUCCAUCUACCGACCUUGGAUGACAGUUGCUUGGAUCAACCGUGAUGUAGACUGUACAUACAUUGUACAGGCAAGGAAAAAUGUUCAAUUAUAGACAUCACACGAAGGAAAAUAAUUUAGAUUUGCACAGAAUAUUUUAUGCUUAUGUCUCAACCCUUAUGAAUACCAGCCUAGGUGCUAGGAAAGGAAAGAGUGGGAUAUAAGGAAUAUAAAGCUGAGCGCUCGAUUGUUUACACAUCGGGAAGAAGGUUAUAUUCAUAUAAUACGUAAUAAGAAUUAGCAUUUAAAAAUAAUUCAAAAAUGGUUACAAACUGCUGCAUGUGUACUGCGGAGGAAAGCCCUAUUUAUCCACGACGUUCAUUUCAUAAAAUACCAGCAAAUGAAGAAAUGCGACAAAAAUGGUUUCAAGUAAUUGGUCGUAAUGUAUACAAAGGGGCCAGGGUUUGUAGUGACCACUUCAGAGAGAGUGACUAUCAUGAAAUGAAUGAAUAUAAAAAAAACAGAAUAUUAAAGAAGACUGCAGUUCCAUUCACUUUGGUACAAGAACCAUCCACUUUGGUAAAAGGAGAACCAUCCACUUUGGUAAAAGAAGAACCAUCUACUUUAGUAAUAGAAGAAUCAUUCACUUUGGUAAAAGAAGAACCAUCCACUUUGGUAAUAGAAGAAUCAUUUACUUUGGUAAAAGAAGAACCAUCCACUUUGAUAAAAGAAGAAUCAUUCACUUUAAUAAAAGAAGAAAGUGAAAAUAUGGCAAAGGAUUCAACUAUUUUAAAUAUAGACACAGAUAUGCACACAAAUACUGUAGAAAAUAAUGGUAAUGUAGAAAUUGAAAGGAGCUCAAAUAGAGAAAGGAAAUCACCGCAAAAUAACUUUAGAAAUUCUAAAGUUCAAAGAAUUUUUUUGAACAUUUCCGAACACAGUAUGGAAUGCUUCCGAAAAACAGAUUUUGUUUCGGACCAAAAAUGGGAACAAUUCUUGAGAUGUGUUUCUUAUAGUCGACAUCAAGCAAAAAUGACGUGGCAAGAGAAGAAACGCCUGCAGAAUAAAAAUAAUGUUUUAACUUCUAAAUAUUUGUUACAAAGAAAUAAACAAUUAAUAACAAAUAAUAAAAAAUAGUGAUGUAAAUGCUAGUAAAGUAAGUUGCACUUGUCACAUGUUAAAGCAGUUUAGAUUAUUUAUAACUAAAAAUAUUCUUGAAUAUCUAAUACGUUAAGCGCUGUAUACUUUACUUCCUCUAUAUUGGAUAUUUGACAAUAAUUUGACUAAGGUUCAUAUUAUUGAUCAUUAAAACAACAAGUAUUAAUUUUGGGAAUUUUUUUACUUUGAACCAAAAA